AUGGGAGAUAUAAUAGAUCACCCGAGAAAAGCAACAGAUUUGUUAGAUGAUUGUGAUGUGUCAAGUGACUUACUUAAUGGAUCAAAUUUUAAUACUUACAUUGGAGAUAAUACUGAGCUUGCUGAUCCAGGUGGUUAUAUACCAAAGAAAAACCUUAAAAGUAAUAACAGAAAACAGAGGAACACGUGUGACCCUCAUGAUGGUAAAUGUCAGAAAUUUUUGUAUCGUCCAAAAACCAAAAGUGCAACAGAUUUUUUUGACAAUGAUAUUGGGUAUGAAACAAGUAGUAAUACAUCUAGUAUGACUGAUACUCGUAUUAUACCCAAAUUCACAAGGUCAUCAAGUUCAGUUCAAAGCAACUAUGAUAUGGAUGAGCCACUACGAAUCGUGUCUCCAUCUAUUAACACACCACACAAUGCACAUUCUAAGCUUGGAUAUAUUCAACGAAGUAAUUCUGUAAUUUUGACACCUACACAAGCUCUAACAGAAAGACUUGAGUCUGGCGACACCAAUAGGAUCACAAAUCCAAGAAGUGCGAUACAUAUUAUGAAAAAUAGUUUCCAAGAAUCUGAUAAAUACCAGCUUUUUAGAGCUAUCGUUCAACAACAAGAUAAGGAUAUAUUAAAAUUGAAAAAAGAAAAUGAAGAAAUUCGGGCUUCUCUGCAAGACAUGGAAGACAAUUAUUUACGAUAUAAAGAGCAUUCUUCUGGGAAAUUGAAUAAAAUAAUUGAGGAAAACAAACAUUUAUCUAAUGAACAAAUGCGAUUAAUUCAACAAUUAGAUAAAAAGAAACUAAACAUUAAACAAAUGUGCAUUGUAAUGGAGGAAUAUGAGAAGACUAUGACCACAAUAAUUGAAGAUCGACAAAAAGCAAAAGUACAGCUCCGGAAAGCUCUAGAAAAUAUAACGAAAGAGAAAGAUGAAGCUGUAAAACAUUUCGAUGAUCUCAAUUUAAAAUAUAAGAACUGCAGAGAAAGUCUAAAUAUAUCUAUUAAAAAAGAACGCGUUUUAUAUGAAAAGUUAUUAGAAUACGAUGCGGAAAUAGCGAAAAGUUGUAGCGUAUAUCCAAACGACGAAAAAAAACCGUUAGAAAAUUUCAAAAAUACUGAUAGUGAUGAAAUCAUUAAGCUGAAUGAUGUUAUCAAGAAAUAUGAGAUAACUAUUUUAUCCCUGCAGAAGUCAUUAGCCCAAAAGACAAGAGAUAAUGAAAGUCUUAUGGAAAUUUGUGAACAGAUACUCAAUCGAUCUACGAAAUUUUGA